AUGAAUUUUUAUUUCUAUUUUACCAUCUAUCUAUCUAUCUAUCUAUCUAUCUCUCUAUCUAUCCUAUAUUCAUCUCUCUCUCCUCUCUCUCUCGCUCUCUCUCUCUCUCUCUCUCUCUCUCUAACUGUGUAUCUCAAUCUCAUUUUUAUAUCUAUGUAUGACUGUCCGUAUCUGUAUGUUAAAAAUCUCUUUCUCCUCUCUCUCUCUCUCUCUCUCUCUAUCUCUAUCUAUCUAUCUAUCUAUCUAUCUACAACUAAUCAAGGUCGAAAUCUAUCUAUCUAUUUAUCUAUCUAUCUAUCUAUCUAUCUAUCUAUCUAUUUAUUUCACCCUAUAUUUCAUGAUAUUCAUGGUGAUAACAUUAUUUUUUCUAUCUAUCUAUCUAUCUAUCUAUCUAUCUAUUUGGGACUUCUCUUCAUUCAAAUUUUUUCUCUUCUUUCUAUUACAUUAAUCAACUAUCACCUCUUCUACCCUUGUCUUUCCUUUUUUUGUAUUCCCUUUCAUCUUUUUCCCUUACCCUUUUCAGCCUGCUCUUCCCCCGUUUGCCUGCCAGUUAUUCUCCUUAUUAUUUUUUUUAUAUUUUGCUUUCUCCCUCCAUUUUCUGCAUUCUUCUCCAUCUGA